AUGAACCAUGCUAGUCAACUCUCAAAUCCCUUUCUUGGUCCGCUCCUUGAAUAUGGUAAAUGUGAAUCUUGUGGUACUGCUGAACCUGGGCUAUGUGAAGUGCCAAAGCAGUUGAAUGCUUUGCUUGAGGUUGUCGAUUCGGAGAUUGCUAAUAUUAUCGAGCUCGAGAAAGCGAGACAAUGGAAGAAUCCUUAUGUCAGAAACGUGCUGAAGCGUUUCGGUUGGAUCCUGCAAUGUGGGGAGACUGACACAAAGAAGAUAUCAGCGGUCUCUAUACUUUUUGAGACCAUGCCAUACAGAUUGAAUGAGAGCACUGGCUAUAUUGAUUAUGACCAG